UGUGAACACCGGCUGAUCUUUGGCAAAAAUGCAUUUUGGGUGCCGGGUACUACACCGGUGUGACCCAGUACAGCACACACUCAUGUUGGUGGAAGGUUUCAACGCGUGUUAACUAAAGCCUUUAUUAAUUAAACGAGACAUUUAAAUGCCGUAACGCAGGUAAGCAACAAGUUACGCUUCUGUGAGAGCCACUUAACGUGAUGAAUUCAUUCACGAGCUCAUUCGUUUUUUUAAUCAUAGGGAGGAAACUCGUACUUUAAAGUAGUCAUGCUCAGGAAAACGACAACAAAACCAGGAAGAGACGUGCACGCUAGCCAUCCUCGGGGCAGGUUUAACGUAAAUAUAACAGUGUGAAGGAAAACUUGCACAACAAAUUUAGCUAAAUCAACGAUAUUCCGGGCUGGAUAAUCUUAGAUGAAGAUAGUAUUAUGGUAUGGCGUGAUGCUGUGUUGAGUUGGACCCAGGCGAAUGCUGCAACAGCAAAUGAGCUCCAACAGUGUGUUUGGCUGCCCUCCCAACGAAUCCACAAUGCCUAUCGAACUGGCCAUGCCGCUUUAUCUGUCCCAUGAAGAGUUUCUGAAGCAGAGAACGUCGAAAUUCAGCAGGCCUUUGCGGCCAUGCCUGCACCAGUUUAGUUUCAGUUCUCGCAGAGUCAGCGCACCCCUCCCAGUGCCUGGCAAAGCCAAGAAACGGGUAUCUUUUGCGGAUCACAAGGGUCUUAAUCUGACAGUGGUGAAGGUCUUCUCCGAAUACGAUGACCCCAUAGAAAUCCCAAGCGACAUUGAGCAUUUUUUAACCUCUUCGCUCACUCUUCAAGAAGAAAAGAACAAACGAAUCCUCGACUUCGACCAGCCAUCCGCAGAUUACGUGAAGUUUCGCCAGCGCAUUGAAAACGAUCACGUCUGCCUUGAGCACUGCAUGCUUAAGGAGAAAUGUAUAGCAGGUACGGUCAAAGUCAAAAACCUUUCCUUCGAAAAGUCUGUGAAACUCCGCAUUACGUUUGACACUUGGAAGACCUACACUGACGUAGAAUGCCAGUACGUAAAGGACACCUACACCAGCUCAAACCGCGAUACUUUUUCGUUCAAAGCAAAUUUACCUGAUCAAGUGCCACUACAUGAAUGCAUUGAGUUUGCCAUCUGCUAUGAGGUCAAUGGACUCGCACUCUGGGACAACAACCAAGGACAGAAUUACAAAAUCAUUCAGUCAACGAUGAAAAAGAGUUCGAGUGACACAAGUGAUGGCCAGCAGCAGCAUGGCGUGAGUGACUGGGACGUUAAUUUUGACAGAUAUGGCAGCCCUCGAUGUUCAAAUGGAAUCGUUCCCAGUUGGCCAAGUUACGCUGGAUAUGAAGACAUUGGUCCAUAUUACUAAGAGUCGUCAUCAAUAAUGGACUACAUUUGCAAUGAAAUGAGUUAUGUUUUUUAAAAAAUAUGGUUCAUGGUGCAAUACAAAUAUGUAAUUAUGAAGCAAAUUGCAUUUGUUUUUACAUGCUUGUACGAUGCAUUUAUGUUAGUUUUGCAGGGAUGUGUUUUUUUUCCGAUUUGAGAUUUGUAUAUAUUCUGUCCUGCUGCUACUCUCUGUGGACCUUGGAAUAAUGUAUAGUUAAUUUCUUACUUGGUAUUGUGCUUAAUGACUGGCCAGUAUGUAUUCUAAACCGUACGUUGUGACUAUAUACCUUCGGUUUAAAGAAUGUGCUGUUUUUCUAUUGAAAAGCCAAAUUGGCAGCUGAAGGCAAAAAGAGAUUGACCUAAGCAAAGGGUAAGUUUUUUUUUUCUUCUCCAUGAAUGUAAAACAAUGAAAUUUGACUUUUCCUGAAUGAACCUUGAUUGAUAUAUGCUGUUAAAUAUGCUACAUUUCAUGUUUUUAAAUGCUAUGAAAACUCUAAAGAAAGUCACUGUGUUUUUUAUUAGAUAUGGUGUAUUCUCACUGUAAUUGUCUACACAACAGGAUUAUACUAGUUCGCUGUUAGGUUGAUGUGUAUUUAUAUAUAAUUUGUUCUGGAUAAUGUAUGCACUUUAAUUUGUUGCAGUGUUUAAUUCCUUUUCACCCAUUUUAAUGUUUAUACCUGAACACGGAUUUUUCAGGACCACUUUAAAGACUUUGUUGAAAAGAAGUUUUUUUGGCGGUAUUGGGUACAUUCAAUAUGUGCAUUUUAAUGCAAUGUUUUAAAUGUUCCCCUAUUUGUUGAAAAUAGAAAUAAAGUAUUAGCGUUUGAAGCAGUUGA